AUGUCUUCACUUAGCAUUGAGCAGCUUUUCGGUGUCAGGGGCUACGUCGCAGCCGUCACAGGAGGGAGCAGCGGUCUGGGCUUCAUGAUAUGCAAAGGGCUUGUGACAAACGGCGCAAAGGUCUACGUUAUCGCCUUGCCAACGGAGCCCAUUGACGAGAAGGUGGCGGAGCUAAAUGAAAUCGGCCAGUCGACGGGUGGAAGCGCACACGGAUUACCCUGCAAUGUCACGGACAAGGAUGCCAUUGCUCGCGUCGCUGCCUACAUAAGCGAGCGAGAGAGCCAUCUGGACAUUCUCAUCUCCAACGCCGGCAUAAGGAGAGAUCCUCCUGUGGCCUGCGACGUCCUUACCGCCUCUCUAUCCGAGCUGCAGACGUCCAUGUGGUCGUCGCGCCACUCGGACUGGGCUGACACAUUCUGCGUCAACACGACGGCACACUACUUCCUCUCGGUCGCGUUGCUGCCUCUUCUAGCGGCGGCCUCGCAGCUCGACCUAGGAGGCGGCCGCAAGGGCAAGGAUGACGGCCGCGGCGUCAUCGUCAUCACGAGCUCCUGCGCUAGCAUGCACAACGCUACCAAUGUGGACUUGACCAGCUACGCGACGAGCAAAGCGGCCACCGACCACCUGGUCAGGCUGCUGGCUGCCAAAUUCAGCCGUUUUUACGUGCGCGUGUCGGGCAUCAACCCAGGCUUUGUCCCUAGCAACAUGAAUCCCGUAGGGGAAGAAGGGAACAUGUUCAGCUCCCUGUUUGACAAAGUACCCGCCAAAAGGGCGGGUAACGAGGAUGAUAUUGCUGGCGCAGUUCUCUAUCUGGUCAGCCGGGCCGGCGCUUAUGUCGAUGGGGUGUCCCUUUGUGUUGACGGUGGUCGUAUUCUUCUUGCUAAUGGCCAAGAGUAA